CUAUUCCUUGCUUUUCAGGCUCCGCUCUGUGAAGGUAACCUAUGAUUCCACCGGGAGGAUAGACCAUCAAGGCAGCCGCUCAUUUUUCGAACUUGAACACCAUUUAUUGACCCUCCGCUUCGAUACGUACCAGAGCGAAGGUAUCGAGACAUCAUCUCAUGCUACCGAGACGCGACUCAGUCUUAUGCUACUUGCAGAGUCAUACCGUUUCUCUGCGCUUGUGCUUUUAUACCGGGGUGUGAAGGGCUACGAAGACAAUGUGACAGCACUCGCGAGCCAAAUCAUAUCUUUAACCAACCGGAUCCCAAGUGGUAGCGUCGUCGAGAACGGCUUGCCGCAUCCUUUGUUUCUUGCUGGCACUGAAAUCUCAUCGAAAGAGGAGAUUGCAAUCUGUAGCACGAAGCUUGUCAGCAUACGUGAGAGGGUGAAGUGUAUGAAUAUUCUUUUGGUUGAACAGGUCCUGGAACAAAUGUGGAGAGACAGACUGAAGGAAAAGACUCCCUAUUCAAGACGUUAGGCACCCUUUCGAAAGGUAGAUGUACAAUCUUCUCUUCCCUGCCAGCUG